AUGGGUUCUGAGAGCAUACCUACGGAGCAGUGGGCGCAGGUGGUCGAGAAGUCGGGAGGACCCGUCGUAUACAAGAAGAUCCCCGUGCCCAAGCCGGGCCCUGAUGAGGUGCUCAUCAACAUCAAGUACAGCGGUGUAUGCCACACUGAUCUUCACGCCAUGAUGGGCGACUGGCCGCUGCCCACCAAGUUGCCACUGGUUGGCGGACACGAGGGAGCCGGAGUUGUCGUUGCACGCGGCGAGCUCGUGAAGGACAUUGAGAUUGGGGACUACGCAGGCAUCAAGUGGCUGAACGGCUCUUGCAUGGACUGCUACUACUGCCGGCAGGCCGACGAGCCCCUGUGCCCGGAGCCAUCUCUUUCUGGAUACACCGUCGAUGGCUCGUUUCAACAGUACGCAAUCGGCAAGGCCAACCACGUCGCCCGCAUACCCAAGGAGUGCGAUCUCGAGGCCAUCUCGCCAAUCUUGUGCGCCGGCAUCACGGUCUACAAGGCCAUCAAGGAGUCCGGUGUGCGGCCCGGCCAGUACCUGACCAUCGUCGGCGCCGGCGGCGGUCUCGGCAGCAUGGCGCUGCAGUACGCCAAGGCCAUGGGCAUCCACACCAUCGCCAUCGACGGCGGGGAGGAGAAGGGCAAGAUGUGCAAGGAGAUCGGGGCGUCCGAGUACGUCGACUUCACCAAGUCCAAGAACGUGGUGCAGGACGUCAAGAACGCCACGGCGGACCAGCUGGGCCCGCACGCCGUCAUCGUGCUGGCCGUCAGCGAGGGCCCCUUCCAGCAGGCGAGCGAGUACGUGCGCAGCCGCGGCACCAUCGUCUGCGUCGGCCUGCCGGCCAACGCCUACCUCAAGGCCCCCGUCUUCGACACGGUCACGCGCAUGAUCAACAUCAAGGGCAGCUACGUGGGCAACCGCCAGGACUCGGCCGAGGCCAUCGAGUUCUUCCGCCGCGGCCUCAUCAAGGCCCCCUACAAGACGGUCGGCCUGAGCCAGCUGCAGGACGUGUACCAUCUGAUGGAGAAGGGCCAGAUCGCUGGGCGCUAUGUCGUCGAUACCAGCAAAUAA